AUGUCCGUGCUCGUAGCAGAGACGGGUGACGCCGUCUGGCUGAUCGUCGUGGACACGGCGUGUGCUAAGUCCGUGGCAGGGCUCCGGUGGUACUGGCGCCUGGCCGUUUACGUUAGGAAGAAUUGGGGCAUCGAGCUCGAAACCGUCGCGGAACGCGAGCCGUACCGCUUCGGACCUGGGAAGACGAUCUACAGCUCCCAGGCGCUGUUGCUGCCCAUGGAAUGGGACGGCAAGGGAGCCGUGAUUAGGAUCAGUUUGGUGGACGAGGACGUACCACCACUGAUUUCGGGCGGAGCCCUGAAGGCCCUCGAGGCCCACAUCCACAUGAAAGAGGCCGAGAUCAUACUUGGUGCGAUCAGCAAGGCCAGGCACAAACUUAGGGAGUUGCCGUCGGGGCACCUGGCCAUGGCUGCCGUCACCUAUGGGCCUGGCGGUCCAGGGGCAGGCGCUAAAGAAGCCGUGAGCCGUUGCCGGGCCGGGGCUGAGAUCGCGCUCUAUGGGCGCGGGCACGGAUCCGCGCACGAGGCCGUGCGUCGUGCGCUCUAUACGGACGGGCGGCCGGAUGACGAUGACGACGACGAGCUGGCUGCGACAAACGCGACCGCAGCCCCUGUCGGCCCAGGAGCGGGACAACGAACCCGAGCUGGUGCCAUCUUCGGUGCCUCUGGGACGCGCGCGCGCGUGCCGAUGCCGCCAUGGCGCCCGAUUGCCGUGCAGUGCCGCAGCGGGGCUGCGAGGGCGAAUGUGGCCAUUCGACUGGUAUUCAUGGCCUGGAAGGCCUGGUAUCAGGAGUUGUUGGUGGACUACUUGGAGCGGGAGGUCCAGACCCUCCGCCAGAGGGAGGAAGGGCCGCGAAGCAUCUGGCAGAUGCGGGAAGCAGAGCUGGUUACACUGACUAUGCAGGAACUCGGCUGGCGGAGGGACCGCGCGGAGGCGGAGACCGUUGGUCAGUUAAGGCUUGCGCUUCGAGAGAAGAAGAGCGAAACCAAAGCCUCGGAGGAGGAAAAGGACGAUCUUCGAACAACCCUCCCGAAAGGUCUCGCGAACAUGAGGCUGGCGGAGCUGCAGGAGGAGGCCGCAGUGCGGGAGAUACCGCUGACACGGUCGAGCGGCACCAACAAAACAAGGGAAGAGCUCAUCCGAGACGUCAGGCAGUUCGUGAGCGAAAGCUGGGCGCAGACCGAUUGGAUUCGGAUCCCUGUGGACGGCUCGAGAAAAUCGACUCCUGUCCAGAAGAGGGAGUCGACCGGGCUGAAGACGGCGGAGAGCAUGGAGGUGGAUUCCAGCAGUGGGCUUGCCGAGCCGUCAAUCGGUUCAGCGGACGCGCAGGGGGCAGUCGGCGUCGGGAAGCAAGGGCGCGGCAGCGCGCGGAACCGACGACUAAAGGGUCCCGCCGCCACGGCUGUGCGGAAGGCAUGUCUGGGCGUCGCCUCGACAUGGUUGCUCGGCGUAGCUACUCUCGGGACCUGGCUUGAGGAAACUGGGGGCGGGCAGUGGGCCCGUCACCGUUGGGGGUCGGACCGCGUGGACGUGGUCGAGUUCUUUGGAGGCGGCAGUGAGUUCAGCCGCAUCGGUUCCAAGAAUGGUUGGUGGUGCCUCCGGCCCUGGGACGCGAGGUGCGGAGCCGACCUCGCGCAGGAGUCGCAGGUGGAGGCCUUAGGGAUGCUGACAGAGGUGCGACCGAGGCUGGCUGUGUGGUGGAGCUCCCUGGCUCCGCCGUGGGCGGUGCCCAACGCGCUGUUCACCAGAGCAACGCCGAUCAGCAGCGACAGCGAGCCGAGCGACGACGGCAGCGGUCGCUAUUGGAGUUUACUCGGAAGGUAUUACGUUAAGUUUCCAGACACUCCGAUGGGCAAGUCGAUGGCCCAGCGGAUGACGCAAGAGCUUCGUCGGAACUUGCGUCGGCUCCAUUUGAACACGGGACAUGCGAGUCCCGAAGAUUUGGCUAGGUUGGUGGCCAAGGCUGGCGGCUCAGAGGUAGCGAUCGCAGGAGCCAAAGCACUUCGGUGUUCUAGCUGCGCGGAGCGCCCGCGAGCAAGGCCCCCGCGGCCUGCACGGCUUCGAGAGGACGACCUGACCUUCAACGAAGUGGUGCAAGCAGACCUGUUCAAGAUACCUGACCAGAGUGGAACAGGCUGGUGGUUCCUGUUGGUGCAGGACGUGGCGACGGGAUAUUGCACGAUCGGGUUGGUUAGUGCACAUAGCAGCGAGGAGCUAUGGGAACAGUACGAGCGCUUGUGGCUCUGCUGGGCAGGACCACCACAUCAGUUCGUGACAGACAACGAGCGGGGGCUUGUCAGUGGGAGUUUCGUGGAUGCCCUCUCCAGGAGUGGCACCGCGUACGACCCUACGGCGGCGUACGCGCCAUGGCAGAAGGGCAAAGUGGAGCGGAAAAUCCAGGAGGCCAAGAACGUGAUGAGGAAAACGAUCCGACACGGAGCCUACGCUGGGAUCGAGGACAUGCGAACUCUCGCGUGGGAGGCGGCAUCUGUCCUCAACCAUUUCCCAGGACAGUGUGGGUACAGCCCGUCGUUGCUUCUGUUUGGACAAAAGAUGACGCUUGUCGGCGAGUGCUGGCACGAAGGUAAAGCGGUGACCUAUCACCCCUGUGUGGCCGAAGAGAGCGAUCCGCUGGCACGCCGACUCAAGAUACGUGAACACUGUCAGCAGUCGCUCAUCAAGACCCGCAGUCAGGAAUUGGUUCGGAGGGCGGUGGCCGCGAGGAGUCGCAGUACCCCAGCGGAAUGGAAGGAAGGCGAGCGCGUGUUCUUCUUCCGGCCCUACCGCACAGAGCGUGGUCGGAGGGUUAACGAACCGGAAUGGUGCGGACCAGCGCUGGUAUUCGGAAGGCGUUACGACAACGUGUGGGUCCAGUACGGGGGAAAACCGUUUCUUGUUGCGCCAGAACAUUUGAGGCCUCUGAGUCCAGAGGAGCAACACCUGGCGGAGGAUGCUGACCUCGCGCGGUCGUUGGACGAGAUCCGGCAGGCCAUGAGCCGCGAGGAGUUUGAGGACCUCACUGGCUUGAAUGCAGGGCCCGAGGAACUAGCUGCUGCGGACGGACUCGUUCAAGGCGGGGAAUCCGAGCAGGAACCGGAAGGCGUAGGAAACCAAGGGGUGGUCGAGGUGGACCUUCCUGCGCCGACCAGGGAGGCCCCCGGGGAGGAGCCAUCAGCCGAGGCUCAAGGCAGUGGGUUGCCCCGUGGCCUGCCACAUGAGUUGGGGCGUCCGGCAGCGGACCGCAUGCUCGUGGUGUUCGAGGAUGAGAAGAAGCGUCAGCGGGACCCAGCGUUGAAGACGGUCGAGACACCCGCUGCGGUGCGGCGGACGGGCGAAGGCCCGAGCGACACCAGUAACCGGGCCCACCAUGUGAUGACGGCGUACCGCCGUGGGACGGGGUCCGCGCUGCUGGACCGAAAGACACAAGAUCGCGAGCUUAAGUGGGACGAAAUAGCACCCAAGGGCCGCGAGGCGUUCCGAGCCGCGGUGGAGAAGGAAUGGGACCCCUGGCCCCGAUACAAAUGCGUGUCAGUGCUGGAGCCAGAGGCUUCCGAGGAGGUGCUUCGGACAGUGGACCGGAGUCGGAUCCUUGGGAGCGACAUGAAGCUCAAGGAUAAGAAUGCCGCGUUGAGGACGCCCGAAAAUGAUCUGCCACUCAAGGCUAAGGCCCGAUUGUGUGUGCAGGGUCAGCACGAUCCCGACGCGAAGCUUGGCACGGUCAAGACGGACGCUCCCACGGUGCAGCGGUCUGGGUUCCAUGCUUUUCUGCAGUUGGCAACUAACCUGGGGUGGCUACCCCAAAUGGCCAUCGGUGACAUCUCGAAUGCGUUCCCUCAAGGCGAGCCACGCAAGGGGCAGGAACCACUAUACAUGCAGCAACCACGGGGUGGAUUGCCUGGACUUGAACCAGGACAGCUGCUUAAGGUAGAAAAGGGCAUCUACGGGCUGCCCGACGCACCGCGGGCGUGGUUUAACACGUUCCGCAAGGCGAUGGUCGAGGAAAUGGGGUGGAAGCAGCUGCAGCUCGAUGUAGCCUUCUUCUGUUUCUAUAGCGGCGACCGCUCGGCAGGUAUGCUUAUCGUGCACGUCGACGACUGCAUGUUGGCACACGACGGCAGUGCCGAGAUGCGCGCUAAGGAGGCCAGGCUGCGCGAACGUUUUCCGUUUGGGUCCUGGCAAGUGGUCGCGCAGCAGGCCGAGGGCGAUGUGUACACCAGUCGUCGAAUAAGGGUUGACGGUUCCUGCGUCGAGGUGGGGAUGCCAGAGUUUGUCGAGGGGAGACUGGAGGAGGUGAAGGUCGACCGUCAGGCAAAGGGCAAGGACCCUGUGAGCCCCCUCGCGAAAGCGGAGUUUCAGUCAGCGACGGGGUCGCUCCACUGGCUGGCGAGCCAGUACCGCCUCGACAAAGCUUACGAGACAAACCGUUUCCAGAAACUGCAAAGGGCACCCACCUGGUCUGACGCAAGGGAACUGAACAAAUGCAUCCGAGACGUGAAAGCCAGUGGGGGCGUGCGGCUUCGAAUCGUUCCCAUCAAAGGGAGGAUGGGCAUUGGUUGUUGGCACGAUUCGUCUCUGUAUGGGAACGUCGGCGAGCUAGUUGAGGGAGACGAAGACCUCAAGCGGUUCGAUCGCCAUAAGGUGAGGCCGCAGGCUGGCGCGGUGGUGGCAGCCAUCGACCACGAUUGCCUGGAGCAGGACGAGCUGCCAAUUAUCCAUACUGGAUUGGCGGAGCCGUGCCAGCCACAGGGUGGCAACGUCGACGUUCUCGGCAAAGACGGCGGCGUACUUAGAAGCCGUAACAGGCGCGAGGAGGCUCGCGGGAGACCGCUGGGCGCGAAGAGGCCGGCGGAGCCAACGGAGCUGGCGGAGCCAGCGAGGGUCGAGCGGAGGGCGACGCCUCCGAAGCGCACAGGCUGCGGAGACGGCGGCGGCCCAGCGCGCUUCACCAGGCGCCACCUCGGAGGUGACGGGGGGAGCGUCAACGAGUACCCCUCGGAGCACGCGGCGCUGAAGUUGCCCGACCAGUUCAUGGUCUUCACGCCGAUGGAGGUGGACAAGUUGUCGAACUUGGGUUGGAAUUUGCGGUUGUCCAACUUCUUCCGGGUUGCAUGCCGAGGGGCGCUCGUGCCCAGCAAGUUCAGCGUCGAGGAGCUGGCUCAUUGCUGGAACAACGUGCUCCAUCAAGACGGUAGGAUGUACAUGCGCUGGGCGUUGGAAGGCGACCCGCCCGCGGAAGCGCGGGCUGGCGUCGAGGCUGAUCGCAACGAGAGGUCCCGCUCGGCGCGGCGCGCCAAGGAGGAAAAGGAGUCGGAGGACGACGACCCGUCGCCAGGCCGACGCACUCGCCGACUCCCCACGGACCGCAGCCCAUCGCCGGAGACGCGCGGCGAGGAGCGCAAGGGUGGAAAAGGUUCCAAGGGAGAGAAGGGCAAGAAGGGAAAAGGUGAGAAGGGCUCGAAGGGUGAGAAGAACAAGGGCUACAAGGGCGGCAAGGCCAAGAAGGGUAAGGGACAAGUCCCGCCGCUGGGGUCGAUCAGCAGCGAGAUCCUGAAGCCGGACGUCUGCCGGUUCUGCUUCAAGCAGGGCCAUUGGGGCAACGAGUGCCCAGCAUACUACCAGGACGGCACGCCCAAGGAGCACUGA